AACACUAUGGUUUUUAGACAGCUCGUCUGCGGCGAGGUUAAAGCAUCAUCAUGCGUCCUGCGGUCAGACCUUUGCUCAUAGCGAUGAAGACACUCGGAUAAUAACCAUAACGUGCUUUCUGGAAAUAAAGGAAACGGAAAAAGGAGGGAGCAGCUAACUGACAAGGUAUCCAACUUUAAAAUGGAGGAUAGUUUUGAUUGUGACUGCGGUGAGCUGGAGCCACCUGAUCAUUGAGAAGGAAUUGUCUCACUGAGAUCAUCAACCCGUUCAGUUUCCCCACAUCAGGUGUUUUAAACAGGAACAGAAAAAGAAAAAGUAGAUUUAUCACCAUUUACUUGGACCGUUAGUAAUGCUGCUGCUCAGAGUCAGUUAUACACUGAAAAUUUCUACACUGUGAUGAUGGUUUAAUUGGUAGUGACUUUAAUCAUUUCAGUUACGUUCAGAGAUAUUUGAUUGGCUUCCAAAUUCAUUCCGUUAAGCCCCUAAAUAAAAAGAAAACGCUCCCACAAACUAAAUACAAAAGCUGCUAAAAAGUACUGUGGAUGAUGAUAACAUAUCUUGGCAACAUAUCCGAAUGAGUUCCAAGCAUCUCUCAGAAAUACGCUGUAACAGUCAAUCAGGGAAAACGCUCAAGUCUUUGUGUUUUUUGUUUUUUUUUGUUAACUUAGGAUUGUCUUUCUCAAAUUAGCUCUAGUAGUUGCAACUUAAGAUCGGUUUCAUAUCAAAAAUCCUUCCUGCUAUAAUAUCUGCGCAGAGCUGCUCUUGUAGACCGCAAAAUGGCAGAGAAAUUUGAAAGCCUUAUGAACAUUCAUGGCUUCGACCUUGGCCCUCGAUACAUGGACCUUAAGCCUCUGGGCUAUGGGGGCAAUGGACUGGUCUUUUCCGCUGUCGACACCGAUUGUGACAAGAGGGUCGCUGUGAAAAAGAUCGUCUUAACCGACCCCCAGAGCGUUAAACACGCAUUGCGCGAAAUCAAGAUCAUCCGCAGACUCGAUCACGACAACAUCGUAAAAGUGUUUGAAACGCUGGGGCCCAGUGGCCGGAGGCUCAUGGAGGAUGUGAGCUCUCUGACGGAGGUCAACUCUGUGUACAUCGUACAGGAGUACAUGGAAACCGACCUCUGUAAAGUACUGGAACAAGGCUUGUUGUCCGAGGAUCACGCACGGCUGUUCAUGUACCAACUGCUGCGAGGACUCAAAUACAUCCACUCUGCAAACGUGCUUCACCGUGACCUGAAGCCUGCCAACCUCUUCGUCAACACCGAGGACUUGGUACUGAAAAUCGGGGACUUUGGACUGGCCCGUAUAAUGGACCCCCACUAUUCCCAUAAGGGCUAUCUGUCGGAGGGACUGGUCACUAAAUGGUAUCGUUCUCCUCGUCUGCUUCUUUCCCCAAAUAACUACACCAAAGCCAUUGACAUGUGGGCUGCUGGGUGCAUCUUUGCUGAAAUGCUGACUGGAAAAACACUCUUUGCAGGAGCUCACGAGCUGGAGCAGAUGCAGCUGAUUCUGGAAUCCAUUCCAGUAGUCCACGAGGAAGACCGACUGGAGCUCCAAAGUGUAAUACCUGUCUUUAUCAAGAGCGACAUGUCAGAACCACACACGCCGCUCGCCAAAUUGUUGCCUGGUGUCAGCCCUGAGGCCUUGGAUUUCCUGGAGAAAAUCUUGACGUUUAACCCCAUGGACCGGCUCACUGCGGAAGAGGCUCUUGCUCACCCAUACAUGAGCGAUUACUCCUUCCCUCUAGAUGAACCAGUGUCCUUGCACCCCUUCCACAUCGAGGAUGAGGUGGAUGACAUCUUGCUCAUGGAUGAGAGUCACAGUCACAUCUACAACUGGGACAGGUACCAUGAAAGUCAGUUCUCUGAUCAAGACUGGCACCUGCACAGCACCCAUGAACUGGAAGACGUGCAGCGUGAUCCUCGAGCUAUGUCAGAUGUCACGGACGAGGAGGAGGUCCAGAUCGAUCCACGGAAAUACAUGGAUGGGGAGUGUGAGAAGUUCCUAGAAGAUCCAUCAUUCGACCUCACCCUAGAGCACUCGUGGCAACAGGAAGAUCACCAUGAGAACAAAUACUGCGACCAGGAGUGCAGUUACACUUGCAACUACAAAGCUGUGUCCCCAUCCUACCUGGACAAUUUGAUCUGGAGGGACAGCGAGGUGAACCACUACUAUGAGCCCAAACUCAUCAUUGACCUCUCCAACUGGAAAGAGCAGCAAAGCAAAGAGAAGAACGACAAAAAAGGCAAGACCAAGUGUGAGAAGAAUGGGCUGGUCAAGGCCCAGAUCGCCCUGAAGGAGGCGUCUCAGAACCACUGCGUGGCCGAGAAGGAUCACGAACAGGAAAAACACCAGAACCACAGCCAGGGCUUCGACUUUGACUCGUUUAUCGCCAGCACCAUCAAAAUGAGCCUUCAGCCAGAAUCCGGCGAAGUUGACCUCCUGAAUGAGUUGAACACCUCUGUUUCCCAGCUGGACACCCAUUUUCUUUGUGGCUCCAUGUCCAAGUCCAUCAGUCAGGAAAAAGAAGAGAAGUGUCUAGUGAACCUGGCACAGCUUGGCGUCCGAGCACCCUGUCCUUGGGAGAGUUUUUGGGACUGUGACGUUACCGAGAGCAGCCUAAUCGACGAGGCUUUCUGGGACGUCCGCAAAGACGAGCAGCUCCAGGAGAACAACAGCUGCCAGAGCAGUUACUUAGACCGCCUCUUCAACAAGCGUGAGGAGGUAGAGUCUGAGAUCCCCGAACCUGUCGAAGAGUCCACUCCGGAGGAUGACUUCAUAUCCUGCGAUGGUGAGAUUGUCAUUAACAUGCAGCUGGAGUCUCUGGCCAUUCCGGGGUUCGAGGGAGCAGGUGACAUUCCUCUGAAGUCCAUCCAGGCCACGUUAACGCCCUCUGCUGUUAAACUCUCCCCACAAAUCGCCCAUAAAACCUACAGCAGCAUUUUUAAGCAUUUAAAUUAGAAAAAAAAAUCCCCUGUUCAAGCUGAGUUCAUCUUAUUUUUUAUAGAGUUAUGUUUUUCUGUACUUGAAUCUUUUUUUUUUUAAAUCUUUUUACAUAUGGUUACUUUUAAGGAAACUUAUUUCAUUUUCUGUUUUUUUUUUUUUUU